UCACCCUAUAAGAUCAUAAAUCUCAUCUAAUUUUUUUAAUCCUAUAUUACACCAAAGGAACAAAGGAAAAAAAAAAACUUGUACGUAUUUUUAAGUUUCUUGUUAUUGUUAUAAGCUAUGCCGGAAUCUCACUUGAACGGAGCCUAUUAUGGCCCGUCCAUUCCGCCACCGUCCAAAUCCUACCACCGUCAUGGACGGGGGAGCAGCUGCAACCCGUGCAGCUGUCUCUUCGGCUGUCUUUGCAAUUGCAUCUUCCAAAUUAUCUUUACCAUCCUCAUCAUUCUCGGAGUCAUUGCAUUAGUCCUUUGGCUUGUCCUACGUCCUAACAAGGUCAAAUUCUACGUGACUGAUGCCACGUUGACACAAUUCGAUUUUUCCAACACGAACAACACCCUCUACUACGAUCUAGCCCUCAACAUGACCAUCAGGAACCCCAACAAACGAAUCGGUAUUUACUACGAUUCGAUCGAAGCAAGGGGUAUGUAUCAAGGCCAGAGAUUUGCUAGUCAAAAUUUGGAAACAUUUUAUCAAGGUCACAAAAAUACUAGCAAUUUGCAUCCAGUGUUUAAAGGACAGAAUUUGGUUCUAUUGGGAGAUAGAGAAAAAUCAAAUUACAAUAAUGAGAAGAAUUUAGGGAUUUAUGAGUUGGAAGUGAAGCUUUAUAUGCGUAUAAGGCUAAAGAUUGGUUGGAUCAAAACACACAAAAUUAAGCCCAAAAUUGAGUGUGAUUUUAAGGUUCCUUUGGAGUCCAGUGGCAGAUCUGUUAAUUUUGAGGAAACUAGGUGCCAUCUUGAUUGGUAGAUUGCUUUUUGUUUUUGUUUUUUGUGAUUUAUUGUAUUUCUUAUAUUCAUUGGAUCACAUUAGUAGAUGUUCUUGAUGAGGAGAUUUCUCUCCUUUUUUGUUAUUUGGAUAUAUAUGUUUGUUAAUAAAUAAUGAGUUAUUUUUAUUUUUUUCUGA